AUGCCGUCGUACAGCCAGGAACCAGAAGACGCUCAGCGCGCCGCCAAGGCCCGCGGCUCGCACCUCCGCGUGCACUUUAAGCACUGUCGUGAGGUGUGCCACGCCAUCAAGGGCAUGCCGCUGAGCAAGUGUAAGAGCUUCCUGGAGGCCGUGCUCGAGUACAAGCAGGCGGUGCCGUUCACCAAAUUCACGGGUGGAUGCGGCCGUCACGCGCAGGGAAAGCUCCGUGGUGCUGCCGGCGACAAGUGCAAGUGGCCCCAGAAGGCCACGAAGAUCAUUUUGGACCUGGUGAAGAACGCCGAGGCUAACGCUGAGGUCAAGGGACUGGACACGGACCAGCUGUUCGUUUCGCACGCGCAAGCCAAUGCCGCAAUUAAGCAGCGUCGUCGUACUUACCGUGCGCACGGUCGCAUUGGACCCUACAUGUCCAACCCUGCCCACAUUGAGCUCAUCCUAUCGGAGAAGCGCGCAAACGUUGCCAAGGCUGUGGAGGAGCCGAAGCCGGUCAAGGUAUCGCGCAAACGUCAGGCCCAGCUGCGUCUGAAGUCGGGUGGUGGCGUCCCGGCCAACUAA